AUGCGCUACUCAAUCCUCGCCUUCGCUGCCGGCGUCGCUGCCGCUCCUUUCGCUUCCACUGGAACUGGCAGCCUCUGUCCCGCUGGACUCUACAGCAACCCCCAGUGCUGCGCUACUGAUGUCCUUGGUGCUGUCGGCUUGAACUGCAAAGUUCCCACCACCACUCCUGCCAACACGACUGAUUUCAUCAGCGGCUGCGCUGCCACUGGCCAGCAAGCUAAGUGCUGUGUGAUUCCUGUCGCUGGCCAGGACGUUCUGUGCCAGGACGUCAGCCCUGGUGCUGGCGCCCCAGGUGGCGGUGCUCCCGCCCCCACUCCUACUGCUACGGUCACUGCUACUGCCCCAGGUGGUGGUGCUCCCACUCCUACCGCUGGCCCCCCUGGUGGUCCUGGUGGUCCCCCGGCUCCUCCUGCUUCAAGCUCCUGCGAGUCUAGCACCGCGCCAGCUCCUACCCCUUCCGACUGUGGCUGCGACGAGUAG